AUGUCCCAAAUAUCCCAGUUCUCAGAUAUCUAUUCUUCAUCGAUAUAUGAUGGUGACCCUCACACACUUGAAUCCGCAUUAAAUCCCGAUUUUCUCACUCCAAUUACUCCACCCUUGAUUCCUGCUUCACUUCAGCGUGUUGGUCCUAGUCGAUCACUAGCAUAUAUCCUAUACUCCGAAAUGUCAAAGGAUGACUUCGAGCAAUUUAACCAAGUUGCCAACGCCAAAACUGGCAAACUAGGGGUAAAGUGUCGCCAAUGCCAGAAAGUCCUUAAUCAUCCAGCAAGCGGGCGGUAUGGAACAAUUGCCCUUAAUCGGCACUUAGCUAGUCUAACCUGUCGUAAAUCUACUAGCCAGAAGGCUAAUAUCAAGGGAUUACUCAUAAAUAUAAGUUCCGUGACGUUAUUACCUUUACCCGACUUGCCCCUACAUAACCCUAUAUCCCUUCAGCAAAAACAAUACGAUCUCGGCUACAAGGAUCGAGUGCUUAUAGUGACAACUGAUAAUGUAUCAAACAACAACACGUUAAUGUUAAGUAUACAAGAAUUAUUACAGUCACUUAAGCUAAAUAAUGGUUCUACGAUCGUUCGAGUUCCUUGCAUUGCCUAUGUGAUUCAGCUUAGCUUAAAUGAUCUUCUUAGGAAGUUAAAGUCCGACGAACGAUUCCGUUCUCUUCGUGCAAGGCAACAAAGAAGAGAGAUUAUUAAUAUACUUAAUAAGGUCCGAAACCUUGCUAUCUAUAUCAACAUAACCCAGCCUUUCUUCAAAUUCACCACUCUUCUUUCUAAAACUAAGGAUGUUAGUAUUCACCUAGUCUUCAGCAUCUAUAACAAGCUCUUUAAUCAUCUUGAAAAAUCAAUAAGUGCGUUAAGACGGAAGAAACUUAUACUUUCUUCUCUCGAGGCCGCAAAGAGAAAGCUUUCAACUUAUUAUAGUAUAACGGAUACAAUUGAUGGCAAUCUCUAUACCAUUGGCACGAUACUUUCGCCGCAACAACUUAAGAUAGAGUGUGGAGCGGAAGAGUCCCAGCCCUUAGCAUCUACUGAAUUCGAUGAGCUUAAGGAGUAUCUUGAUAGUGCUCUUACAAACCUUGCACGCGACGUGCUUUCGAUCCCUGCAACAGGAGCAGGUGUUAAGCGACUCUUUAACUCUGCCCGAGGUGUCUAUCACUACCGGAGAGGCUCGCUAAAACCAUCAACAAUUCAAGAUCUAAUGAUGUUCAUGUGUACAUCAAAGUUUGAGAUUGAAGAAGGUCAACGAGCUCUAAUCAACGAAUAUCUCUUACAUAAAGAG